AUGAAUUUCGAUGUUGGAGGUCCAUCAUACUUAUCAUCAUCUUCAUCUUCGGAUGAUGAUAAUUUUCUGUCCAAUAUCAUUGCAGAGAUUGAUGAAACCGAAGAAGUAAUUUGUGAGUACAUCAACAACAACAUGAUCCUCGUUAACAAUUUACGUCAACACAACUACCAACCGAUCCAUGGUGGCUCGAUUCCCGGUCAUGCAGUGAUCAACCGCGAUCGAGAAAAUGCGCAUCAGAAUUUGGUCAUAGAUUACUUUGCCGAUAAUCCACGUUUUGGAGAAGAUAUGUUUCGUCGUCGAUAUCGGAUGUCAAGAAGUUUGUUCCUUCGUAUUGUUGAUGCAGUGAAAGAUCAUGACUAUUACUUCCAACAACGAAGUGAUGGACUUGGUAGAAUGGGAUUAUCACCGUUACAGAAAGUAACAGCUGUUUUUCGCAUGUUGGCAUACGGUCUACCAGCUGAUGCUACGGACGAAUACGUUAAAAUAGGCUACUCUAUAUUGGAAAAAAAACGUGGUUUUCCAGGAAUGUUAGGAAGUCUUGAUUGUAUGCAUUGGAAAUGGAAAAAUUGUCCAACAGCAUGGUCUGGGCAAUACACAGGACGUAGUGGGUCACCAACUAUUAUCCUCGAAGCUGUGGCAGAUUAUGAUCUUUGGAUAUGGCACGCAUAUUUUGGUAUGCCAGGCACCAAUAAUGAUAUCAAUGUGCUGGAGUCAUCUAAUCUUUUCUCUAACCUAGCUCAAGGUAUUGCUCCUCCCGCUCACUAUGUUAUUCAAGGAAAAGAGUAUAAUAUGGGUUAUUAUUUAGCUGAUGGUAUAUAUCCGAAAUGGGCUACUAUUGUACAAACAAUCCAACAGCCACAAGGUAGGAAGAAAAAAUAUUUUGCCAUGAAACAGGAAGCAUGUAGAAAAGAUGUAGAACGUGCGUUCGGAGUUCUCCAAUCACGAUUUGCAAUCGUGGCAGGAUCAGCACGUUUUUGGAAAAAACAUGUAUUACAUGACAUAAUGACUGCAUGCAUUAUUAUGCACAAUAUGAUAAUCGAGGAUGAACGUGAUCUUUAUGCACCAAUUCAAGAAGUGAGGGAAGCACCAACACCAGAAGUUGAUAUGGUAGCAGAUGAAACUACAAGAUUUACUCAAUUUAUUACACGUUACGGAAAAAUCAAGGAUAAAGAUGCUCAUAUUGCGCUUCGUAAUGCAUUGAUAGAUCAUCUAUGGGAGGAAUACACUAAUUCAGAUAGUUAA